AUGGCUCGCUGGUCGACAGCUGAGAGCGCAGGCGGGCGCCGUGGCCGCCUUAGCCCCGGGGCGCGCCUGCGCCCAGGACCCCGGGAAAAAGGCGCGAAAUUCACGGCGGCGGAACGGUGGGAGGACGAGGACGAGGAGAAGGCUGGAGAAGCCAUCGAGAAUGGCUGCGUCGAAGGGAAAGGCGAAUGCUGGGAGGGGCAACAGACACCUGCCCGAGACACCUUCCUGCAGAGUCUCAAGGAGGAGUCGCCGUCACGGCUGCUGGAGAUCGUAGAGCGACACAAAAGUCGCACAGACCCAUUCAACUUGAAGGAAGUGCUGGAGGAGUUGCCGCUGCGCUCUCUGAAGGAUGCACUUGAGAGUAUCGGCAAGAUACUCACUGAGAGCCUGCUGCGUUGCCCCGCCGAGCAAUGGAACGUAGACCCACCGCAACACGAGGACAUGGAGACAGUUGCCACGGGCUCGGAGUCAACUGUAGCUGUUGUGACGGCUGUAGCCACGGUGCUAUCUGUCGCUGUGAAAACUGUCAGUGCAGAGGUGAUAGAAGACAUUUUGGAGUCGGCUAUCAUCCUACAUGCCCUGUUGCCACUUUUCACCGAGUCUCACCCUAACCUAAGAGACACAGUCAUACACAUGUGCGAGUCUUGGUGGGAGAGAGACCUACGUGGGAAAGAGGAGCUUGGAAAGAAUAUGAUCCUCACAAUUCUGCGGUACAAUUUAAUACAGCAGAGCAAAGCCUUGGGUGCAGGGAUGAAGCGGUUGUGGAGCCUGCGUGAGAGCUUCCGGCUGUUUGACUUCCUGGGCAACCCACCCGAGACUGAGGAGUUGAAGGAGCUGCUGCUGCAGGGAUGCAUAGUGACAAAUAUCUACCUGAAAACCGAGGAGAGUCGGCGAUUCUUGUCCUUCCUUUUCAGUUUAAAUGUGGAUUUUAUCAAGACUAUUCAUGCCGUUCUUAAGAAGCAUCUUCUUUCUUUGACUAAGGUGCAAGUGGGCUACUAUGCUGACAUUUAUUUUCAAGCCUGGAAAAAGGCCACAGGCCCUUACCUGAAGAUGAUGGAGGAACACUGCAUCCAGAACCUGAUGGAGCAUGGCGUGUACCUGCCUUACAGCUCUCCAAUGAACUCCAAAGUGCGGCAGAUGUUGAGUUACUUCCACGCUCAGAAGGUCCGCCAGGGCGUUGACGAGAUGCUGCACCGACUGUACGAGCCAAUCCUGUGGAGGGCGCUAAAGGCCAGCAAUAGCGAGGUACGGGCCAACGCCACCCUGCUGUUCACGGACGCUUUCCCACUGCAGGACCCUGCAUUUGGGAGGGAGGAGGCAGAUGCGAAUCUGCAGAGGCAGUUUGAGGAGCUCUUUCGUGUGUUGGAUGACCCGUGCCCUCGAGUGCGCUCAAGCGCGGUGCUAGGAGUGUGCCGCCUAACCUCGCGCUACUGGGAGAUGAUCCCCGGACGCCCGCUCUCCGAGCUGCUCACAAAGCUUGUCUCCAGCCUCGCAUUCGAUGCCUCCUCGGCUGAUGUGCGCUGUGCCGUCUACAAGUCCCUGCCAAUUGUUCUCGACAACAAAUUGAGUCACCCGUUAAUGGAGAAGCUCCUUCCAGAAGCCAGGAAUGGGCUACACGAUGUAGCUGAGAGGGUGCGUGUGGCUUUUGUCGACAUGCUGCUUAAGGUCAAGGCAGUGCGAGCGGCUAAGUACUGGAAGAUCUGUCCGAUGGAGCACCUGUUGGCGCGUCUGGCGAUGGACAGCCCCGUAGUGACGCGCCGGCUGGUGCAGCUUCUGGCCAGCUCCUUCCUGCCGGUGGAGCAGCCCGAGGAGACGUGGAGUGAGCGCUGCAUCACCCUUGUGCAGAUGAACCCCACUGCCACCCGCUGUUUCUAUCAACACUUACACAAGUUCGUGUCGCCGACGAAUAUCGCCAAACUGAUUUUGCAACUGUACCACUGCCUGAACACGUGUCUGCCAAAGCACAAAGGCCAGAAUGAAGAGAAAGAAGCUGAGGGAGAUGAGAAAGAAAAUGAGAGUCAGGAAGAAGAUGAUGAGGACGUACCUCUGGCCAAGGACCUGACGACAGUGGGCAGCUUGCUAGAGGUGGUGGUCAUCCUGUGGAGCAGCAUUCGCAAAGUGUUACUGGGAAACCCGCGCGUGUAUCAGCAGCUCGUAAUUAAGUUUUCCAACGUGGUGCCCGGUUACUUCAGAACGUUCAAGAACGAGCGCUGUUACCAGGCACUGGUCAUUCUUGCUUCCUACAUGCCUCCCAACACCAUCCCUACUUUCAGCGGCAGCGUGUUGUCACGGCUACGUGCCUUUGAACUGGGUGUGGAUGACAUGGCUUUCACACCGUUGCUGGACUGCAUGUGCUGCUGGGGCCAGGCGGGUCACAUUUUGGAGCUCAUUACAGAAUGGCUGUCUGCCAAUCUGGGCCAAAAAUCUCCACAGACAAGAGUCAACCGAGUGCGGAUAAAUUUACCCAUGUUGCCAAAGCCCGACCUGGCACUGCAGUACACAGAGUACAUGCUCCGCUCACCUGAGUGCUGUGCUUCUGUGCUGGAUUCUGGUCACAAGCUGAAUGCUCUCACUGAGCUACUGGCCACCUCAAAGGACACUCUGCGAGCCUUCCUUAAAAACCCGAAGACGAUCGGCGUGGACACUGCGAGUGCGACGGCCUUACGUGCAUUCCGGCUGCACUGUCUACUACAGAUCCUCAUUCACCAUAAGCACAAUGGAGAAGGCCGUGUGAUUCAGGCCUCCUUUGAGAGCACAAGCAGCUGGGUGGUGCAGUACGUGCUGUGCGUACUCCAGGCUCCACACGACACUGCUAGCAACAAGGCUGAGGCUCAAGCGAGCUUCGCACUCAACAUUGCAACAGUGUAUCUGAAGGCCUGUAAGGACAUAGUGCUUGUGGGGCUUGCAGACCCUGACUUUAUUGCACAUUGCCUGGAAUUCACCAUCAGUGUGGUGGAAACAGAUAAAGGAGUGCAGUGCCUGCCGCUGGGCUUGCAACUUCUGCAGAGCGUGCUGAGGCACUGCCUGUGCCAGGACCACGAGGACGCGACCGAGGUGCCCGGAGCGAGCGCCGUCGGCAAAAACGCAGAGGCAAGAGUGACACGUGCCCGGAGCAGGGCAAAACCUGUCGUUGAUGCUGCCGCACGUAUCGCCAUCGCCGCCUCGCAGGAGAAGCUCAGAGAACUCGUGCAGGCUGCUCCAACCGUGUUCCAAAAGCUCAUGCAAAUGAUGGGCCGCUGUACCCGCAAGCAGGUGGAUGUCGCGCAACAGGUGCUGCUGGAGCUUGGUCCUGCACUAGCAGGAUUAUUGGGCACCGUAUGUCAGUGGAGAGCCUUCCAAGAGGGCCUCUUCCAUGGCAUUGUCUCAAUCACAAUGGUGGCUGUGGUUGCUGAAACUAAGAACAUAAUGCAAAAGAACAUGGCGGAGAGCACCCCCGUGCUCCUGGAGAAGAUGUCCAACAUGCCCCCCCCUUUCUGCCUGCAUCCUGGCGACUGUGCUUCGUAACAAUAAAAUUACCAGGUCAUUUCUGUCUGAAUUGGAGGAGUGCGUGCAUUCGGACGAGCUUCAAAGCCUCGUGGGCAUCACGUCUGUGUUACACAUCAUCCACACCAUCUUCAAGGCCAAAGGACGAGGUGGAGAUAUCGGCUCCGUGGCCAAGGCCAUCCAGAAUCAGCUGGACAUUCACGCCACCUCCAUGAUGGACGAAUCCAACACAGUUGACAGGGUUUUGUAUGAAGAGGACCGACGAAUCCUGUCAAUACUUUUGCCAUCCCAACACUUAACUGCUCACACACAAGGCUGAAGAGCUGCAUAUGCAUGCAAAGUUUUUCUUCAUAGUGCAUAUGAAAUGUAAAAUUUGUAGUAAAUCAAAUGGCCCUGUAGUACCAUAUUUAUGUCAUUUAGCAGAUGCUUAUAAUAUUAAUUAUAUUGCUGAAUUCAUAACAUUGUUAUAUAGUAAAUGGCAUUCACUUAUUUUGCAUUCACCUGCACAUCAAACACACAUUCUCCUUUCAUCUUAAUUUCCCACUACUCUUUCAAAGCCUAACUUCUUUAUCCCAUCCCCACUUUUCAUAUGUCCUCUGCUGCUUAUUCGCACCUCCGAUUAUCACGGUGGCUACGUACGGUAAGAAAGAUGUUCAACGCACACACAUGGUCAAGAAAUUCCUUUCCCUCGCAGUCAACAUUUUCAUCUCUUGUCCGCUGUGCAUAUAAAUGUUUUUGUUGAUCACGUUGUCUUGUGACUUGUGAUGAGCAUCCCUUCACUGGAUUUGUCAUAUAUUUUAGGUGCUAUAAAACACCAUGUUUCCUA